UAGUUAUUUGAUAAGUUUAGGCUAAAGGUUGAAUACUCAUUAAAGGCAAUGAAAACGUGUUGAUAUAUUAGAAGUUGACUUUCAUUGACGCUGCUGUAUUUCAUGUCCCUAAUGGAUUCAAUAAGGCAUUAAUAUUUUUAUUGACUGCCAGAGGAACCGUUGUGUAAAUAAUUAAAAAAACACAAAUCGUUUGAAGUAUGAACAGAGAAUUUAAAGUAAAUCAUUAUCAUAGCAGAACUACGUUGAACCAUAUGACUUAUCAUUUCAAGAAAUAUUUUGUACAGUUAAUAACUGUUUGAUUGUUUAUCGUGUAAAAGUCACCAAAGCAGUUCAUUUCUAUAAAAGGAACGUAUUGGCGCGUUGAAUGCUAUUUUCUGUGACUGGUAUUAUACACCAUGUAUUAAUGAAAUCUUCCAAUCCGCUAUGGAUAGAUUGAGGAAUAAAUGUGUACUACUCCUUCAAAUAUUUAUAUUUUGGACCAUAUACAAACAUUGACGGAAUAAGAGAAGGAUAUAGCAGUCGUUCAUUGAUUUGUCAGAACAUGUGUUGCUCUAAUACUGAUGGAAUUAUUAUUUUCCUUAUAUGAAUGGAUUUCUUAAAAUUCACGCAAGAAUAUUUAAUUUUAGGCUUUUAAAUGACAAAGAUAGCGGUUAAUGAUGAUUCGUAAUGGACGAUUAUAUAAAAUUUCUAGAAUAAUAUCCAUACAGUAUUACAUAGUAGAAGCUGUCCUGUUCUUGUCAUCGUGGAGUGCCUUAUCUGUGAAAGGUUUACAAGCCAAUGUUCCUUUGUUUGAACCUAGAGAAAACAACGUAUCAUUCUAUGCUGGGGAUACUGCAACGUUACUUUGUUCAGUCACGGGAUUACAAACUCGAUUUGUAGUUUGGAGGAGAACAUCUGAACCUAACCCAUUAACAAUAGGUGAUUUUGUAUAUAGUCCUGACGAACGUAUCACCAUACGACGUGUAGAAAACAAAAAUGAAUGGAAUUUAAUCAUCAAAGAUGUACAAAUAGCCGACGCUGGAAUAUACGAGUGUGCAGUUAGUUCUCGGGAGAAAUACAAAAGACUUGUUUUACUUCGGGUGAAUGGAACAUCACGACGUUUUAACAGUAAAGGUUCAGCUUAUGAUAAAGAUCAAGAUAGCGUAAAAUCUCAGGUACUAAUGUCAGGGCAAAGAUUUGUCAGUAAAGGUCAGACUAUACUCCUUACCUGUAAUGCCACAGGUGAGGAUUAUGCCCCGGAUGGAGUUGACUGGUUUAUAAAUGGACAUAAAGUUAAUCAUCAAACAAUGCCUCGUGUUAGAAUUUACGAUCCAGUGGUUGACAAUAAUAAAAGAACUUUACUAAGCACUUUAGAAAUAAGACGUUCUAUAAUGAAUGAUAAAGGAAUAUAUGUAUGUAGAGGUCCAGAUGAUAAAACCAGUAGUCUGACAGUCCAUAUAUUAGACGAAAAGUCAAGUAUAGAUAAGCGUGGUGAUGGAUCUCCGUCUCAUGGAUAUGUGAGCGGUUCUGCUAUCCCAUGUUGUUCCUUCCAGUGGAGUAAACAGUGCUCAAUAAUAUUUUUCUGUCUAUCAGCAACCUGGUUUACACAUGCGUGGUUUGUCACGUGAUAUACACAAUAUAUAGCUGACACGAAUAUCAAGCGAAAACGUAUCACAUGAAUGAUUUCCCCCGAACAACAGUCGUUACGUGGAAAUUUGAACGAAUUCUUUUAAGCAGAAAUGAAAGAAAGAACGAUAUCAGGAGGACGUUCAAUUUGAAAAUCAAACCAAAUUAACCAAAACCUUUGAAGGGUCACUUGCAGUUGAAUAUAUGCAUUUAACAUUAUUUUGUCAUGUUUCGUUUUACUGUAUAUAUUAUACAUUUUAAGAGCACAUGAAUAUGUCACACACUUUUCAUUUCUAAUUUGAAGUUCCGUUAUUUUCAUGUAACUAUGAAGCUAUGAAAUGUUGAUGGACAAAAAGCCAGCAAUAAAGCAUUAAUGUUCAUUUCCAAAAAUGGCAGCAAUUCAGAACAGUGAAUUUUUUCAUGCGAUACAUUCUAUAGCAUUCCAAUAAUCUAGGUCCAUUAAGUAGCUCAUGUGGAUGUUUGAUUUGUUCUGAAUGCAGUUGUUAUAUUUUUU